AUGCUAAUCUUUCUUCAGUUGAACUCACCGGAAUACACGUCCGUGAAUGCAAUGUGCAAUACGAGGAUAUGGACAAUUGAACUCACCGGAAUACACGUCCGUGAAUGUGCAAUGCAAUACGAGGAUAUGGACAAGCACUGGAGCGGGUCAGCAGCAGAUACCACGGGCCGACGAAACAGUAGAUAUAACACCAACUCACCUACUUUCCGGACGCGUCUUACCGAUGGUGCGCUUUGGGAUGCGUCACAGUCUGCACAUGUGCUUUUUUUCCUGUUUGGGCGCGUCCUGAUGGGUUAUAAGGAGUUUGAAAUUUGCAAGCAAGCUCCGUUUCCUGCUCCAAAAGGUAAGUUUGAUCUGGCCUAUCCUCAGCAGCAUUCGGCAAAUCCGCUGAUUUCUGUUGUAUCUGCUUAUCCUUCAGUAUAUUGUCCAGCCUCCAACCAAUGGAGGUAUAGUCCGCCUAUGCAGGCUACUCUGUCCAAACCAGACGCCUCGCGUGAUUCCACACGUGACUUUGACGCAACGCCGGAUUUUUCCCAACUACUUUCUGCCAUUGAUUCGUCAACUAAUCCCGCCGCUCUCGUUCAACCUCUGAUUUGUCAACAGCAGCGCCCCGCAAUGAAAACGCAAGUCUCCAUCCACACCAACUAG